ACAUUGCAUGUUGUUGUGUGAUGUGCCUAUGUUUGAGUUUGAGGUAGGUUUUUUAUUUCCUAAUAUAUGACAAUGUUUGUGGUUUCUGAUUGUGUAGAAUGAAUGACAAUAUAACUUUAGUAUUGCACCAUGGAGGAAGAUUCACUCCACGUGCCAGUGAUGGAAAGGUUGAAUAUAUAGGCGGAGAAUUUGACGUUUGGGAGGAUAUAUCUACAGAUUGCCUGAAUGCAUUUAUCUUAUAUAAGAAGUAUAGAAAUAUAGGAGAAUGUUUUUGGUUGAUUGAUAAGGACUUAGAUUUUAAUCAUGGGUUAAGGAGUUGUACAACUGAUGGAGAUAUAUUACACUUAGUUAGGGAUGCUUUUGAAAAUAAGAAUGAGAUAAAUGUUUAUUUUCAUCAUGAAGUAGAUCCAAUUUUAGAAGAAGUCCCACAGAUGUUGUACUUGGAAUGUGAUCCAAUUCCAAAAGCUGUUGAGAAUGAGGAUGAUUUAGAUGAUGUACCUGUUGCUGGCCAUGAGGAAGAUGUUGGUUGGUGCUGGUGAGAAUGUUGGUGCUGGAGAGCAGAGGGAUGUUGAUGCUGGUGAGCAGAGAGAUGUUGGUGGUGAAGAGAGAGAUGUUGCUGAUAGUGAGGAGGAAAAGGAAGUUGACAGUGAUGAGUGGCUUAUAAAUUUCUCUUGUAUGAUGAAUGAAGUUGAAGCUGAAGUUGAGACAGAUGGUUAUCAUUCAGAGGAGCUUAAUAUCCCCAUUAGUAGUGAUGAUGAAGAUGAGGAUGUUGAAGUUUAUCCUCAAUAUAGUCAAAGUAGUGGAGUUGGUGAACAGAAGUUGGAAUUAGGGAUGGAGUUUGGUACUCUAGAUGAAUUUAAAUCUGCCUUGAAGGAGUAUAGCAUAUUGAUAGGCAGGGAGUUCAAGUGGAAGAAGAAUGAUAAACAGAGGGCUAGAGCAAAAUGCAAGAAGGCAUUUUGUGAUUGGGAAAUCUACUGUGCAAAGAAUGAAGUUAGAAACUCUUUUCAGAUAAAGACAUUCAAGCAUAACCAUAAUUGCUGCAGAGAAGUGAACAACAAACAAGCAAAUAGAUAGUGGGUGGUCAGUAAACUUGAGGGCAAACUCUGAAUGUAGUCAACCCUUAAAUAUGUUGAAGCUUUGGAACAUUUCAAGCAAGAGUUUGGAGUGCACAUUGAAGUUACAAAGAUGUGGAGAGACAUGAAAGAAGCAAAGCCACUAGUGGAAGGGAAUGAGAGGAAACAAUAUGCCAAAGUAUUUGAUUAUGCACAUGAAUUGUUGAGGAGCAAUCCUGGAUCAACAGUUAAGAUCAACACAGUGCCAAGUCCAGGAGGUCCACCAUAAUUUCAGAGGCUAUAUAUUUGUCUUGUUGGCUGUAAGAAGGGGUUUGUUGCUGGAUGUAGACCAUUCACAGGUCUAGAUGGAUGUUUCCUAAAGAGUGCAUUUGGAGGAAACUUGCUCUCUGUUGUUGGGCUUGAUGGCAAUAACCACAUCUUUGUUAUUGCUUAUGCUGUUGUGGACAUUGAGAACAAAGACAAUUGGAAAUGGUUUUUAACUUUGUUGCAUGAAGAUCUUAGGGAUUACAUACAGAAUGGGUGGAAUUUCAUGUCAAACAUGCAAAAGGGACUUAUCCCAGCUUUACAGGAAGUCAUGCCUGGUGCACCUCAUAGAUUCUGUGUCUUGCAUCUUUGAAAAAAUUUUACAAAGCAAUGGAAAAGCAAGGAACUUAAAGGAAUUGUGUGGCAAUGUGCAAAAUCCACUACUGUUUCUGAGUUUAAAGGCCAUAUUGCCCAUUUGAAGACAAUCAACUGCCAGGCUUGGGAGUAUUUGAAUAAAUGGCCCAAACAAGCAUGGACAAAAGCCCACUUCAGUACAAUACCCAAGGUGGACAAUAUAUGCAACAACACUAGAAUUCUGCAGUAUAGAUGCAAGCCUAUUAUCACAAUGCUUGAAGAAAUUAUAAGUUAUAUCAUGAGAACCAUGGCUGCCUGCAAGGUUAAACUUUCUGGAAAGUUUGGACCAUUAUGUCCAGUGCAGUAUAAAAGACUAGAAAAAGAAUUUCAUUUUGCUAAUCAAUGGACUCCCAUUUGGUGUGGUGAUAACAUGGGCCUGAGAUAUGAGGUCCACAUGUGGGGGAAUAAGGUUGAGGUCAAUUUAGCUGGAUGGACAUGCACUUGUGGAGUAUGGCAACUAACAGGGAUGCCAUGCCGACAUGCCAUUGCAACAAUAACUCUCACAAAGGAGGGAAGCCUGAGGACAUGUGUCAUGAGUGGCUGUCAAUAGAAGCUUAUAAUAAGACAUACCAGCAUUUUAUUGAACCAGUCCAAGGACCACAAUAUUGGGCCCAGACACAAUAUACACACCCUGUUCCACCAUAUAAAAGGGUCCAAAGAGGAAGGCCAAAGAAAAAUAGAAAGAGAUCUGUAGAUGAGGACAAUGUCACAGGACAUAAGCUAAAGAGGAAAUUGGCUGAGUUUACAUGUGGAAGGUGUGGCCAAACCAAUCAUAACAUUAGAAGCUGUAAAAAUAUUGGAGUUCCUGUUAGGCCAAAGAAAUAUGUUGCACCAUCAACUGCAAAUGAGGAUGACCACCUAUUAUCUCAAGAUGAACAAGCUUUGAAUGAGGCUGAAAAAGAUCCGGUGGAGAUUAAUUUAUCUCAGCCUCAUUUGUCACAAGAUAGUGACAUGGAGUUGAUGGUCCCUGCAACUAUUGUUCCACCAAUAGCAAGGAAUAAGCUAACCAUAACAAGAGCCAAACAAAGGAAGAUUGCUGAUAAAGAUGAUGCAGUAUAAAGAAAACUGAAGACCUAUUUUUUGUUGCAUUUUGAAGGUUGCUGAGUUUGAAGGUUGCUGAUGAAGAAAACUGAAGAAGCAUUUUUUGUUGCAUUUUGAUAUUAGGAUGUGUAGUUGUAUAUUUUGAAAGCUUCACUGGCAUGUGAAAUGAUGUAAACAUUAUGGCCUACUGAACAAUUGCUUCUAACUACCACCCUUUGGGAUGUCAAACAU